UCCCUCAUUCAUUUCACUACGAUCAGCAAUCAUGGGCGGCCCAAAUCUCGAAGUCUUCAAGUUCGGCAUGUACAUCAUGUUCCCAAUCGGAUUCAUGUACUACUUCGGCAUCAACCUCGACUCACGCUUCUCCGUCCCCGAUUUCUGGCCCAAGAAAGGUCAAACGCACGAAAUUCCAUUCGAGAGAGAUGAAAUUAAAGAAGAGAUUGAGAGGCUGAAGCAGAGGAGAUUGGCUGCUCGGGCGAGAAGACUGGCCGCUGAAGAGCAAGGAUUGGACACCGCGACGCAUGUUAAUGAGAAUGAGGUGCGAGAGGGACGGACGAGGGAAUAUUUGAGUAAUACGAAGGUUUUGCCGAGGGAGGGGGAGGUGCCGGAGGAGGAGAGGGGUGGGAAGAAGGGUGGGUGGUUUGGGUGGGGGAAGUGAGUGAUGGGUUUGACGAAUAUGAAAGGACGCUACGCGGAACGAGACACGGCUUGGGAGCAAUGCCGGUUCUAGUUUCGCCUGGAGUCUGGGAAAUCGUGUUGAGAGGGGUUCCGAGCGAGAGCAGACACCACGAGUCGAAGACAAAGCGUGCUGGCGCGUGCGAGUAGCAGCAAGAUGACCACUCUGCCACGCCUGCACUGAACGAACACAGACAAAACCCGGCACGAAGAUCUGCUGCGCGAGGCCAUCUCCGAGACCAUCUACAGGACUGCGCGCAACGAGUGCCCGACCAUGGAGCAGCGCAAUGCGAUACCCAAAGCAACGAAGCCGAUCAGAGACCAGUCUGCUCCGUCACAAUAUUAGAAGAGCUGGCCAGCCUGCAUUUACACGGCCAGGCUCGAAGAAUGCAACGCAGCAAUCUCACUCAACAUAAUCACUGGAACAUUCCUGUGCUGGUCAGCAUGGCUUCGACUGCCAUUUGUCGGUCCUGUCACUGUGUUGCAUGGGACACUGGGCUCGCCAGGAAACAGCCAGACAUUGUCCAUAGAGAUGCAUAACGACUCUCCACUCGACUGCGUACAGACAGAUGGAAAUGACAUGAUCAUGGACCUUUUUUUUC